AUGUCUUUAAUCAAAUAUCGUAAUCUUCCCAGAAGAGUGAAGUAUCUCAGACCUCUGCGUGCGGUCGAUGAGUCGGUCGUAUCAAAGGACAUUUUGAAAAAGCUGGAUUUCAAGCCCGUAAAAUCUAUCUGUUUUUCUUUCAAUCCGUUCGUUGGCCGAACAGAAUCGAUCAGAGAGGCAUGUCGUAUCCUCAGCAAUCCCCGUUGGAGGUCGACGAACACAAAUUUGGUUUUCAAAGCCAGGGUCUUGUCGGAUAACCAUGCGCCGGUGAUCGAAGUUGUAUACAGCAAUGGAAAUAUUGUGCUCAUAAAAACAGACAACCUUUCAAUUCGGGAAAUAAUUGAUAUUAUCUACGCCCAGUCUUUGGUUAAUCCGCACGAAUAG